AUGGCCAUAGUCAAAGCCUGGAACCACUCAUCAGUGACCACAUUCAUCCUCUUGGGACUUGCAGAUCAUCUGGAACUCCAAGCCUUCCUCUUUGUGACUUUCCUGGGCAUCUAUCUUGUUACCCUAGUGUGGAACCUUGUACUCAUCUUUCUGAUCAGAGGUGACUUCCAUCUGCACACCCCAAUGUACUUCUUCCUUGGCAACUUGUCCUUCAUUGACAUCUGCUACUCUUCCACUGUGGCCCCUAAGAUGCUCACAGACUUUUUCCAAGAGCAGAAGACUAUAUCAUUCUUAGGAUGUGCUGCUCAGUUUUUUUUCUUUGUUGGCAUGGGUCUCACUGAGUGCUUUCUCCUGACUGCCAUGGCAUAUGACCGGUAUGCAGCCAUUUCCAUGCCCCUUCUCUACAGCACUGUCAUGUCCCAGGGCCUCUGCAGACGCCUGGUGGCCGGAGCUUAUGUCGGAGGCUUCCUGAGCUCCCUGAUCCAGGCCAGCUCCUUAUUUACACUCCACUUCUGUGGACCCAAUGUCAUCAACCACUUCUUCUGUGACCUUCCACCCAUCCUAGCUCUUUCAUGUUCUGACCCCUUCCUCAGUGAAGUGAUGAACUACCUCGUGGUGGUAGCUGUUGGAGGAACAUCAUUCCUCAUCCUCCUGGUCUCCUACAGUUACAUAGUGUCUGCUGUCUUGAAGAUCUGCUCGGUGGAAGGCAGGUGGAAAGCCUUCAGCACCUGUGCCUCGCACCUGAUGGUGGUGACUCUGCUGUUUGGUUCAGCUCUUUUCAUGUACCUGCGACCAAGCUCCAGCUACUCACUCAGCAGGGAUAAGGCAGUGUCUGUGUUCUAUUCUCUAGUGAUCCCCAUGCUGAACCCUCUCAUUUACAGUUUACGGAACAAAGAGAUCAAAGAUGCAUUAUGGAAGGUGAUGGGGAAGAAAAGAAUUUUUUCCUCCUUAUCUGGAAGAGCAUAG